AUGAAUUUGGAUCUCUGGCCAGCUCGAUGGGAUGACAAGAGAACGUCACUCCAAGCCACAUUCUCCGUUGGAAUAGCGACUGCAAGAUCAGAGGAUGGAUGGUCUUUCUCAGCACACCCCCGAGUCUUCGUCAAUCUUGUGCUUUACUUGAACUCAAAUUGGACAAAUUUCGAAAAAUACACUAACUUGCAUAUCAAUUUGGUUUUGACGGGAGACUCACGUGGAACUCGGCUGAACCUUUCUUUUAUGUUUUCAACUUUAAAAUGA